AUGUAUGACCAUUUUAAUGAUGAAGCGAAGAGCACAGCAUUCAGUGAAGAAUACAGAAAGGUGGAGGGAAAAUUAAAUGAAGUACUCAAGGAAUGUAGGAACUUUCAGAAUGUGGCGAAAAGAAUUACAAGUGUCUGGUAUAAUACAAAAAUGGAGCCGAAAAAAUUUGGAACGUGGAAGUAUAAUUGUCCUUUGUUCUAUUACUGGUUAGGGAAUGAAGUAUCAGGAAUAAUAACGGAGAACGGGAAGUUUGGGGAUACUUUGAAGGGCGUGUAUAGCACAAUGAUGGAGAAAGGAAUUGGGAAGAACUGUGAGAAGCAGUGCCCUAAUGUGUCCAAGGAAGAAUUUCAAGAAUUAAAAAUAUUACACGAUUAUACACUUGAAUAUAGUGGAACUAGUAAUAUGAAGAAAAAUGACCGAAGGGUAUGUGGUAAUAAUUGUGAGAAUCAUUUAAGGAAAAUUAAUGAAACGUAUGGAAAGGUACUGGAAGACUGUAAGAUCGAAAACGAAAGAGACUAUUGUAAGGAGUUCAGAAGAUUGAGGACUACCGGGUCGGUCUUGAAAGUGGCACAGGAUCAGAAAGGGGACAGAGUGGUGAGCAGGGAACAGUAG